AUGGCCAUGGCGAGGCAGGAGUCACUGAAGGAGGCAAUGCGCGAGGUGCUGGAGACGAAGGGCGUGAUGGAUCACGUCAAGGCGGAACUGCGUGCUGCGAUUUUUCACGCGUUGCAGGACUCGUCCGCGCAUGAAGACGGCGCGUCAUCGAACAGACCGCCGGUUCCGCCGGAGAAUUUGCUGCUCAACGAGUUGAUCAAAGAGUACAUGGCGUUCAACGGGAUGGAACACUCGCUGUCGGUCUUCCGCGUGGAGUCUGGCUCGGCGAAGAACACAUCGGCGCCUGUUCCGCGUGCUGUUCUUGCCGCGCAGUUGAACAUGACCGGAGCACCAGCGUCGGUGCCGCUUUUGUACGCCAUGCUGCAUGAGUCACGCGCCGCGGCAGACGGAUAG